UGAAACAAACCAGAUCAGACUACACACACAAACACACACUGUCACUGUGUCACACACAGACCUGCUCUUAUUAAGACACACACACACACAUACACACACAAGUCCUGUUGUCUUUACGCUUUGCCUCACAGAAAUUGACAUAACUUGUGUAAUUAUGUACAAAGACAUCCUGGUCUGAUGUUCAUCGCGGUCACAGCAGGGUAUUGUAUGCCAUAUUGCUGUUGUACAAUCAAUAAAUCUGUGUGUGUGUCUGUGGUUGCCUUGUGUAUGUUGGAUGGAUAUAUGUUGGGGUGCCUGUAUGUAGGGGUUGAUGCCAGUUGACUGUGUUUCAAGUGUAUGUCGGCUGAUUGUCAGCUGCCUGUUCAUCAGGUGAAUAUAUGUCACUUGGCUCUGUGUUGACAUUUUCAUUUGAUGUAUGUCACUUGUCUGUAUGUCAGGUGGCUGUAUGUCGGAUGAAUGCAUGUUGUGUGGCUGUAUGUCAAAUUAAUGCAUGUCAGGUAGCCAUAUGUUUGUAUAUGAUGGAUGGCUAUAUUUUAGCGAAUAUGUGUCAGGUGGAUGUAUAUUGGAUGGGUGUGUGAGGUUACUGUAGGUUGGGUGGAUGUAUGCUAGCUGUCUGUAGGUUGGGUGGCUGUAUGCCAGCUGUCUGUCGGUUGGGUGGAUGUAUGCCAGCUGUCUGUCGGUUGGGCGGAUGUAUGCCAGCUGUCUGUCGGUUUGGUGGAUGUAUGCCAGCUGUCUGUCGGUUGGGUGGAUGUAUGCCAGCUGUCUGUCGGUUGGGUGGACCUGCGUCAGGUUAAUGUAUGUAUGGUGGCUUUAGGUCAUUUGUCUGUAUGUCAGGUGGAUGUGUUCCAGGGUAAUGUACACUCACUGGCCACUUUGUUAGGUACAGCUUGCUAGUACUGGAUAGGACUAAUUCUUUGCGGCAUAGGUGCUUGAAACAUUCCACAGAGAUAUUGGUCCAUAAUGACAUGAUAGUAUUGCACAGUUGUUGCUGAUUUGUCAGCUACAUCUUCAUGAUUCUCUCGUUCUUCCUGAUCCCAUAGCUGCUCUAUUGGAUUCAGAUCUGAGGCCUCAUGUGUAAACGGUGCGUACGCAAGAAAAUGUUGCGUACGUCUGUUUCCACGCUCAGGUCGAGAUGUAUAAAUACGAAACUUGGCGUACCGCUACGCACAUUCUCACGGCAGCUCCACACAUGGCGUACGCACGUUAAUGCUCGAUUUUGUAAACAGACGGCACCCAGUGGCAAGUCAUUGCUACUGUGGUUUCCUUUUUUUAACUCACAAUCAUAACGCUGAUUUUAUCCAAUACAGCGACAUCAAUUGUAUGUUGUUUACAAAUGUACGGCACUUGAUUUUAGUCAAUUUGUAACAAUAAAACGGUGCACAAAAUGACCGAAAUAUUACAACUACCAUGGCAGCUCUUGCAUUAUUGGAAGACAUAGCUUAUGGAAGAAUUAGAAGAGCGUAUUCAGGGAUCAUAGUGAUUUCUUGGCUCAUGAUGAUGACUGGCUUCUAAGUCGAUUCAGAUUUCCAAGAGCAAUCCUUUUAGAGCUGUGUGCUGAACUUGGGCCAGCAUUACAAAGGCAGACGAUGAGGAAUUGCACUAUACCUGUUCCUUUACAAGUUCUGUCCACUCUCAGGUUCUUAGCCACAGGUGCUUUUCAGCGAGAACUUGUGGACCGAUCGGGUAUUUCUCAGUCAACACCAAGUCACGCCCUACCAGCUGUAUGGGACGGCAUAAUCUGCUUGUCACCCAGAUAUAUAAAAUUUCCUUACACUGUGGUUGAACAGGCAAACAUUAAAGCGCAAUUUGCAGCGAUGCCCGGUUUUCCCAAUGUAAUCGGAGCCAUUGACUGCAUACACAUUGCUAUAAAGGCACCUUCAGAGAACGAAUUUUCUUAUGUAAAUAGAAAGCACUUUCACUCUAUUAAUGUACAAAUUAUGCGCGAUUCGAACAUGCGUCUCAUUAAUGUUGUGGCUAGAUGGCCUGGAUCAACCCAUGAUUCGCUCAUUCUCAGAAAAAGUAGUGAUGGAAACAAACUAGAAAAUGGGGUGGCACGUGAUGGCUGGGUGCUCGGUAAGAAGAUUUUUUUUUUAUAAUUUGACCCAAUAUUGUAAGCUUUGUUUGAUUUAACCAUUUGACAGUUCCUUAGGGAACUCUUUCCUUCCUUUUUCCUAUGUGGUUUAUCCAUUGUUGUUCAAGAAAAACACAGAACCAAGUUGGUAUUUAUACAGAUUUAUAUAUGCCAAUAUACAUAAUUAUGGGCUGGUCGGGGGGGUCGCUAUGGGCUCGUUCACUUCACGUUCACUUUCACGUUAAUUGGGAUUUAUAAAGGGAAUUUUUCUUGCGUACGCACAUUCCCAGUUUAGCCCAUAUGCCAUGUUUUAGUGUGAAUUCUAUGCACGUUGUUAUACAUGAGGCCCCUGGUGACUGUGGAGGCCAUUUGAGUAUAGUGAACUCAUUGUCAUGUUCAAGAAACCAAUCUGAGAUGACAUGAGCUCUGUGACCUGGUGUGUCAUGCUGCUACAAGUAGCCAUUUGAAGCUAGGUAUGCUAUGGUCAUAAAGGGAUGGACAUGGUCAGCAACAAUACUGAGGUAGGCUGUGGCAUUUAAGUGAUGCUCACUGGGUACUAAUGGACCCAAAGGGUGCCAAGAAAAUAUCCCCCACACCAUUACACCACCACCAGCACCCUGAAUUGAUGAUAGAAGGCAGGCUGAAUUGAUGAUAGAAGGCAGGCUGAAUUGAUGAUAGAAGGCAGGCUGAAUUGAUGAUAGAAGGCAGGCUGAAUUCACGUUUUCAUGUUCUUUACACCAAUUUCUGACCCUACAAUCUGAAUGUCACAGCAGAAAUCAAGACUCAUCUGACAGAGGGAGAUCAUGCUAACCAGUCAGAAAGAAAAUCUUCCAUUUUCCAGUCUUGGUAAACCCAUGCCCACCGUAGGGUCUUUGCUGACAGGAGGUUCCAUGUGUUGUGCAUUCAGAGAUGCUCUUCUGCAUACCUUGAUUGUAACGAGUGAUAGAGUUACUGUUUCCUUUCUGUCAGUUUGAACCAGUCUGCCAUCAAAAAGGCAUUUUCGCCUAGAGAAUCACCGCUCACUGGAUAGUUUUUUUUUUUUCGCCAUAUGAUUGACUGAUUGACAUUUGCUUCAAUGAGCAGUUGAACAGGCAACUACUUAAUAAAGUGGCCAGUGUAUCUUGGGUGGCUGUAUGUUGGGUGGAUGUGUGUCACGUUAUUGUAUGCCAGGGCAAUGUAUGUCAUGUUAAUGUAUGCGGGGUGCCUGUAUGUCAGUUGUCUGUGUGCCAGGUGUCUGUAUGUCAGUUGUCUGUGUGCCAGGUGGAUGUAUGUCAUGUUAAUGUAUGCUGCGUGUCUGUUUGUCAGUUAUCUGUAUUCUGGUGGAUGUAUGUCUGUUGUCUGUAUGCCAGGUGCAUGUAUAUCAUAUUAAUGUAUGUGGGGUGUCUGUAUGUCAGUUGUCUGUGUGCCAGGUGGAUGUAUGUCAGGUGGAUGAAUGUCAUGGAGAUGUAUGUUGGGUGUCUGUAUUUCGACUGUCUGUAUCCAGGUGUCUGUAUGUCAGUUGUCUGUAUGCUUGGUUGAUGUAUGUCAUGUUAUUGUAUGCCAGGUGUCUGUAUGUUAGUUGUCUGUGUGUCAGGUGGAUGUAUGUUAUGUUAAUGUAUGCUGGGUGUCUGUAUGUCAGAUGUCUUUAUGCCAGGUGGAUGUAUGUCUGUUGUCUGUAAGCCAGGUGCAUGUAUAUCAUGUUAAUGUAUGCAGGGUGUCUGUAUGUCAGUUGUCUGCAUUCCUAGUGUCUGUAUGUCAGUUGUCCGUAUGACAGGUGUCUGUAUGUCAUGUUAAUGUUUGCGGGGUGUUUGUAUGUCAGUUGUCUGUAUGCCAGGUGUCUGUAUGUCAUGUUAAUGUUUGUGGGGUGUUUGUAUGUCAGUCGUCUGUAUGCCAGGUGUCUGUAUGUCAUCUUAAUGUUUGUGGGGUGUUUGUAUGUCAGUUGUCUGUAUGCCAGGUGUCUGUAUGUCAUGUUAAUGUUUGUGGGGUGUUUGUAUGUCAGUCGUCUGUAUGCCAGGUGUCUGUAUGUCAUCUUAAUGUUUGCUGGGCGUCUGUAUGUCAGUUGUCUGUAUGCCAGGUGUGAGUAUGUCAUGUUAAUGUUUGCUGGGCGUCUGUAUGUCAGUUGUCUGUGUGCCAGGUGGAUGCAUGUCAUGAUAAUAAAUGCUGGGUGGUUAUACACAGGUCUGUUAGAUACAGAUGUUGACUCUCUGGAAGCAUGACCAUGAUUUGUAUCUGAUGUUUUUACCCAAACUCACAUUUGUCAGUUUAACAGGUCGUCCUGCAUAUUUGGUUGAUUAUGUCACAUGGUGCUAAGCUGUGUAAUGCUGUCCCGUUGGAGGGUGCUGAUGUUACGCCCACUGAGUGUGUGCUGGUGUGUUAGUGUGUGUCCUCCUCACUCGCUCUCCUGUGCUGUCACGUGGUCUCUCGCUGACACAUGCUCCUCCCCGCUGCUGCGUCUGUCUAUCUUGCGUUUUGUGUUGCUCUGCUCCGUUUCUCCCAUUGACCUUUGCCCUGGUGAGGUGAUGCUGACUGACGACUGCACCUCCCAAAAGAGUAGGGUAAUCAUGCUCAGCCUCCUUUAUCUUAAACACCUUUUUGAGGUGAGCUGUGUCCCUCCUUUCCAUCUCCCCCGGGCAAAGUGUCGUGGAUUUAGUGGUGCUGAUUAGAUAACUGAGGUCAGGUGAUCAGUAUCUCAUUGGCGCAGAGUGGGGGUGCAGUUUGGGGGUCUUCACAAGGUUCCUCACUCUAUCUUUGGUCCUUUUAGCAUGUUCCCGCUUAAGGAAAAUGGAGCAAGGGCUGACGCAGGCCAGAUGCAGAUGAGCGAGUGGCUUGCAGAGCCAGGGGACUGUCCUCUGUCCCUAGUGACAUGCUGCUCACUUGACCUGUAAACAUGCUUCAUGCCUCAGCUGUUGAAAUACUCAGGCUAUAUGAGCAACACAAGCUCCGUGCUUGCACACACUGCGGGUCACUGGCACAUUGGCAGAAUCCAAAACUAACAGACUGACAUACUGCAGGACUGACACACUGACACAUUGCAGGACUGACACACUCCAGGACUGAUGCACUUACACAGUGUAGGGUUGCCACACUGCAGGACUUACACACUGACACAAUGCCCGACUGACACAUUCCAAGAGUGAACAGACACACACAGUAGAACAGACACACUGACACAUUGCCAGACUGAUACUCUGCAGGACUGAAACACUGACCCACUACAGGACUGACACACUCCAGAACUGAUGCACUGACAUACUGCCAGAGCUGAUAAACUUCAGAACUGACACACUGCCAGGCAAAAACACUGCAGUACUGACACUCUCCCAGGGUAACUCACUUCCAGGCUGAUACACUCCACAACUGACACACUGACACACUGCAGGACUGACCCUCCAGGACUGACACACUGACAUGCUACAGUAUUGACACACUGCCAAGACUGACACACUACAGGGCUGACGCACUGCUAGGCUGGCAUACUCCAGUACUGACACACCGACACACUACAGAAGUGACACUCUUCAGGACUGAUGUACUGACAGACUACAGGACUGACAGACUGCAGGGCUGAUGCUGUGACAUACUGCAGGACUGACACACUGCAGGGGUGAUGCGCUGCAAGGCUAACACUGAGCCCUUGCCCCUGACGCUGUAAGGUAAGUGACAGCUGGCCUGGGUUGCAGGGGGUGUUCAGAGCUGCUUUAUGUUUCCACGAUGAUGUUGCGUGUUGGCACUGCACCUCCUCACUCCUUAAAAGGAAAAGGCAGCCAGAAUGGACGCAGUGAUGUGGAGCUCAGUGGGAGACCAUCAUGGCCAGGUGCCCUUGAAUGAUACAUGUCAUUUAAAAUGUGGGGUGUGCCUAUUCCCCUGAAAGUGAAAGUGUGGGGUCAAGAGGCACGUCCUGACAUGGGUACAUUCGCAGAGAUGCAUGACGGGUCAGCAUCUCAGCAAGGCCCUAGGAGGCCAGCCUUUUCCUUUUGGAAGCAGUAGGGGGUGCUGUGCUGUUUUGUGCGUUCGCUGUGCCGUUUAUUAUAUAUGCCGUCUGCCUCCUUUUGACCUUCUGUCAACCAAAUACAACUGAUGUGGUCAGAAAAGGUCUAAAGGUCAGAGGAUGCUAUCCCCAUGGCCCGAGCCUGUCCAAUGUACCUGAUGUGUGUACGUGUGUGUGCGUGUGUGUGUGUGUGUGGGGGGGUUCUCAGCAUGUCUUGCGGUGGGUCGUUCUGUGCUCACUUUAGCUCGUUCUUUAUCUCUCUUUCCAUGAAUCUGUCUGUGUCUGUCAUUGAAACAAAAUGUCCCCUUUUCUCGCCUCAGAGUUCCGUCCGUCGCCCUCCCCCCCCCCUCCCCCAUUUCUCUCUCCUGUCCUCAUUACUUCCCGUUGUUGUCAAGGAAUCCGUGGAAGAGAGCAUUCUGGGAUUUGUGAGCAAAGGCUUGUGGGAAAGAGAUAUUAACAGUUUAACUGAUUUCCGUUGUUAUUGAAUUUGAAUUUAGGUUAAAUAAAGUAUGUCAAUGAAGAGAUUAGUGAAAAAGGUAUUUAUAGCUGUACCAUCAUAUUCCCAUGAUGCACUGCACCUAAAAUGACACCAUAAUGUGAUGAUGAUUAUUGCUGUUGUUGUUUUUGGUUUUCCUAAUAUUUUAAGUCUAAUUUGACACUUUAUCAUACCCCAAAUUAAGAACAAAAAAUCUGAAAGCAAGCUUCUUGGGUCCAGUAUUCUGAAGAAUGUACAAGGUAAUUAAAUAAAGGCAGGUGCGAGGGUGCGUCCCUGUCCUGCAGUGACGGUUUAUACUUCGUUUACGUGGCACAGAAGCUGCAUACAUGCAGAUGAGUUACCUUUCAGGACCUUAAUUGGAGCUUCAGGGCCCAUUCUUCAUUCACGUUGCUGUCUGUGCUGCCUCCUCCUGGGAGCUGGGCCAGCCGCGCUCCCCUAAUCCCCCUGCUCUGGUUUCUUCUUGCUAUUUGAAUAACAUGAAGCACUGCCUUGAUCUGUCCCUUUCUGCUAACACACUGAGUAAGUGAGCUACUCAACAGGACACAUUUCUUUCAGGGCUCAAGUCAUGCUGUUAGUCCCAUUCCAUGCUGGGAGCAUGGCGUCAGGGGAAUGAAAGGCAUCGCUCUCGGUAUCUCUAAGCUGUGUCCGUCUCAACCACACGCUUCUCCAUUUCAGACGUCAGGUCUUGUCCCUCUUUCUUUUAGUCUCUGCUUCCUCUCAUUCCCAGAAAAACCCUGUAUAAUAAUCUCUCCAUUUCCAGUUUUGUGGUUUGUUGCAUUUUUUCUGUAUGUAUGACUGUGCCUGGGUUCAUGUGGCAUAAAACAGAACAUUUCAUAUGCAGUGUGCCAAGUGUGUCAUAGUCUGUCUCCCACCUUUUUGUUGCAUUUUUUUUCCUCAGUCUGUCACAAUUGCUAUGCCGCCUGUUUGUUCAGUGUCUCUCUGUCUCAGUCUGUCACAGUCAUUCUGCUACCUGUUUUUUCUCUGUUUGUCUGUCAGUCACUCUGCCACCUGUUUGUUCUCUGUCUCUCAGUCUGUCACAGUCACUUUGUCGCCUAUUUGUUCUCUAUCUUCCAGUCUCAGUCUGUCAUAGUCGCUAUGCCACCUGUUUGUUCUCUGUCUCUCAGUCUCAGUCUGUUACAGUUGCUCUGCUGCCUGAUUGUUCUCUGUCUCAGUCUGCGACAAUCACUAUGCCACCUAUUUGUUCACUGCCUCUCAGUCUGUCUGUCACAGUCGCUCUGCUGCCUGAUUGUUCUCUGUCAGUCUGUCACAGUCACUCAACCGCCUGUUCUUUGUCUCAGUCUGUCUCAGUCUGUCAGUCAAUAUGCCGCCUGUUUGUUCAGUGUCUCUCAGUCUUAGUCUCUCACAGUCAUUCUGCUGCCUGAUUGUUCUCUCUCUCAUUUGCUAUGCCAUGUAUUUGUUCUGUGUCUUAGUCUGUCACAGUCUCUAUGCCGCCUGUUUGUUCUCUGUCACCCAGUCUCAGUCUGUCACAGUUGCUUUGCCACCUGUUUGUUCUGUCUCAGUCUGUCAUAGUCACUUUGUCGCCUGUUUGUUCUUUGUCUCCCAGUCUCAGUUUGUCACUGUCACUCUGCCACCUGUUUGUUCUCUGUUGUAGUUGCUAUUGCACUACUUUGUUAUCCGUCCCUCAGUCACAGUCACUGUGCAACCUGUUUGUUCUCUGCCUCAGUCUGUCACAAUUACUCUGCUGCCUGUUUGUUCUCUGCCUCUCAGUCUCAGCCUGUCAGUCACUCUGCCACCUAUUUGUUCUCUGUCUUAAAGUCUGUCACGGUCACUCUGCCACCUGUUUGUUCUCUGCCUCUCAGUCUCAGUCUGUCACAGUCACUCUGCCACCUAUUUGUUCUCUGUCUCAAAGUCUGUCACGGUCACUCUGCCACCUGUUUGUUCUGUUUCUCAGUCUGUCACAGUCGCUCUGCCACCUGUUUGUUCUCUGUCUCUCAGUCUGUCACAGUCACUCUGCCACCUGUUUGUUUUCUGUCUCUCAGUCUCAGUCUGUCACUGCUGCCUGUCUUUUCUCUGCCACAGUCUGUCACAGUCGGUAUGCCACCUGUUGGUUCUCUGCCUCUCAGUCUCAGCCUGUUGCAGUCGCUCUGCUGCCUGAUUGUUCUGUCUCAGUCUGUCACAGUCACUCUUUCACCUGUUUGUUCUCUGUCUCUCAGACUCAGUCUAUCAGUCACUCUGCUGCCUGUGUAUUCUCUGUCUCUCAGUCUCAGUCUGUUACAGUCACUCUGCCACCUGUUUGUUUUCUGUCUUUCUUUCAGUGUCAGUCUGUUACAGUCACCCUGCCGCCUGUUUUUUCUCUGUCUUUCAGCCUGUGUCAUGCACAUAGAUGCAAUAUAUCUGAUCUCUACAGAUAUAUUUCUGUAUGUGCAUACCUCACUGGUUCAGUCUCAUGAAAGGACAAAUAAAAAUUUGUUUGCAAAUAUUGACCUGGGCAGCUGCUGUACCGAAUCCAUAGCUAAUCUGAAAACAUCCAGGGAUGGGAAGCAUUGGACUCACCUGAAGACAAAGACUUCAGAAUAUUCUUCAAGGGAGAGAAUCUGACCAGUGUUUAUUUGGAAUAGACAGUACUGCUUUGCUAUUAAAUCAGACGGUAAAGCAAAUUAAAAUCUUAAUAUGUUUUAAAUACCAAGUCAAGGUCAAUAUUUGCAUUUGUCCGGCAAUUUUGCCUUGCCUCUCCCUCCCCCCCUGAGAUUAACAUUCAUUUUCCAUCCCACCCCCAGGCCCGCUCUACAGCCCCCGUAGUGUAACUAAAGUAUAA